AUGGAGACUGAAGAGCUUCUCUUUAGGCCGGUCAAGAGACGAAAGUUCCUCCGAAAGCGCUCGGAAACUUCGUCAGAUCAAUCACAACCACCGCAAGCCGCUCCGGGUCCCGAAUCCUCUACUCGCCGGUCCACAGAGGUGCAUAAUAGAGAAGCCUCAGAAGCAAAUUCUGAUGAGCCGGAAGAAACGGGCACUGGUAUUACAGACAUCUUUCGCCUUCGAAAAGCCAUCAAGAGUCGAAGGGGUGGCGUUGAGUUUACUGCCUUGCCAAAGCCUGUCGAUGAUGGCCAUGGCGAGUCUCAAUUGCAAGCUGGAUCUGUGGCUCAUGACCCUGAGAAUGUGGUUAUCCGAGGCAUUUCGGAUCGCUUUGUUGCCCAUACUGGUCAAAGAGUGGAUGUGGAUAAGCAUAUGGGAAGGACUAACGUGAUAAGGAUGGCGUAUAUAGAGUCAGAGAUGGCUAAACGUCAUGAAAAACACAAGAACAACAACACCGCGGAUCAUCAUGACCAGCCAGAAUCUCAGGGCGCAGUGCGAGGCCCCACCUCGGAUCUCGUGCUUCCCCAACGCCAGCCAGCAUCGUUAGGCAAGUUGCAUGAAAUCGACCUGGGACCCGACGCAAAACUCCGUAAUAUCGAACGGACUGAAGCAGCGACAAGAAGGCUCGCAGGCGAUCAAGUGCCGGAUGAGGAUGAGGAUGAGGACAAGGGCGCCACUUCCAACAAAGCACGACCGGGCUCCAAGGAUGGCAAAAAUUGGCGGGCCCGGAAGAGAAGAAAUAGUGAAGAUAUUAGACGAGAUAAGCUUGUUGAGGAGGUUCUUCGGGAGAGCAAACUCGACGUCUACGAUGAGCCCGAAGUUGUUAGCCAGCAAAACGAUGAGCAAGCGGCAGACGAUCGCAUUGCGGAGCAGUUCCGACGUGACUUUUUGGAUGCCAUAUACUCCAGGCGCCGUGGUGCUCGGACAAGGAGUUCAAAAACGACUAAGCGGGAUGUCCCCCGUGGCCCGAAGCUUGGGGGAAGUCGGAGUGCACGCGCGGCGAUGCGGGAGAAAGCCGCCACCCAAAAGUGA